AUGGCCUCCUCUCUCGCCCGCGCCUAUACCCUACUCUCCGGCGACCCGCGCGUCAAGUGCAUCGUCCUCACGGGCUCGGACCCGGAGAACCGCACCUUCUGCGCCGGCAUGGAUCUCCACCAGCCCGUCAGCCUCCCGGGCACCCGCGAUGAGCACCGCGACACGGGCGGCGUCGUGGCGCUGGCGAUGCACAACUGCAGCAAGCCCGUCGUCGCUGCCAUCAACGGGUCGGCGGUCGGCGUGGGCAUCACGAUGACGCUGCCUGCUUCCAUCAGGGUCGUGUCCAAGACCGCAAAGGUCGGCUUCGUGUUCGGGCGGAGGGGUUUCAACAUGGAGGCUUGCUCGUCCUUUUACCUGCCUCGCCUCAUCGGCGCGGGGCCUGCGCUGCAUCUCGUCACGACUGGCGCCGUGUACCCGGCCGACAGUCCGUUGCUACGGAACUUGUUCAGCGAGAUUGUUGCGCCGGAGCAGGUACUGCCGCGAGCACUCGCCAUUGCGGAAGACGUUGCGGCGAACGUAAGCACAGUUGCCGUCAAGGUCAUGCGGGACAUGAUUUUGCGAUCACCUCAAUCGCCCGAGGAAGCGCACUUGCUGGAGAGUAAAAUCUUUUUUGACUUGUUCGGCGGCAAAGACAGUAAGGAGGGCAUGGAAAGUUUCAUGCAGAAGCGGGCGCCUCGCUUCGAGGCAACAAUGGGGAAAGACGCGCCCAGUGCGUAUCCAUGGUGGGAGGAGAAGGACAUAAAGGCCAAGAUAUAG